CAAUGUAAUUGUUCGUCACGCUGUAAUGGUGCAUUGCGCUCAGCGGCUUCACUCCUCCUGCAAUGUAAGAUUGUUUUUGGGCUGAGGAUGGUGUAGAGAACGCACCCCUUAAAGAAGUUUGCAAGGAAAAAUCAUCACGAGGCAGCGCUCCAACAACACUGCUGGCUCUGGGAUACGCUCACUUCCUCAGUAUAGAGUCACUCUCUCUCUGUCUUGUAAUCUCGCGUUAGUGGUUUCCUCAUCUGCCCUCCCUCCAAUUGACAGGCGAGUGUAUGCAAACCAAUUCCAGGAUUUUCACUUCAACAUGGCUACUACCGCAACGUGUACCAGGUUUAGCGACGACUACCAGCUGUAUGAAGAGCUAGGAAAGGGUGCCUUCUCCGUUGUUCGCAGAUGUGUCAAAUUGUCCACGGGGCAGGAAUUUGCUGCAAAGAUAAUUAACACAAAGAAGCUGUCAGCCAGAGAUCACCAGAAACUUGAGCGUGAAGCAAGAAUCUGUAGGCUGCUGAAGCAUCCCAAUAUCGUUCGCCUCCAUGACAGCAUAUCAGAAGAAGGGUUUCACUACCUCAUUUUUGACCUGGUCACUGGUGGAGAACUCUUUGAAGAUAUUGUCGCCAGGGAGUACUACAGUGAAGCAGAUGCAAGUCAAUGCAUUCAUCAGAUUCUAGAGAGUGUUAGUCACAUUCACCAACAUGACAUAGUGCACAGAGAUCUCAAGCCAGAGAACCUGCUACUUGCCAGUAAAUGUAAAAAUGCAGCGGUGAAGUUGGCCGAUUUCGGACUGGCAAUCGAAGUCCAGGGAGACCAGCAGGCAUGGUUCGGGUUCGCAGGUACUCCUGGUUAUCUGUCCCCAGAGGUUUUGAGAAAAGAUCCAUAUGGAAAACCAGUUGACAUCUGGGCAUGCGGCGUCAUUCUCUACAUAUUAUUAGUUGGCUAUCCUCCCUUUUGGGAUGAGGACCAGCAUAAGCUCUAUCAACAAAUUAAAGCCGGCGCUUAUGAUUUUCCCUCUCCAGAGUGGGACACUGUCACCCCGGAAGCCAAAAAUCUGAUCAAUCAGAUGCUGACUAUCAAUCCAGCCAAAAGGAUAACUGCAACAGAGGCCCUGAAACACCCAUGGGUUUGCCAACGUUCUACUGUAGCAUCAAUGAUGCAUCGUCAAGAAACUGUCGAAUGUUUGAGGAAGUUCAAUGCCAGAAGAAAGCUGAAGGGUGCUAUUCUGACCACUAUGCUCGCUACAAGAAACUUUUCAGUUGGCAGGCAGUACACAGCUCCAGCUGCAGCAGCCACAGCUGCUGUUGGUCUGGCUGAGCAAGCAGCAAAGAAUUUACUGAAUAAGAAAACAGAUGGUGUCAAGAAAAGGAAGUCCGGUUCCAGUAUUCAUUUAAUGCCACAGACAAACAACAGCAAAAACAACAUAGUCAGCGCCCCAAAGGAAAACACAUCUUCACCAACCGCAAUGGAGCCACAGACAACAGUAGUCCAUAAUCCCACAGAUGGCAUUAAGGGGUCAACAGAGAGCUGCAACACAACCACUGAAGAUGAGGAGGGGAAAGCGCCAGCAUCCGCACCUGAUGCCGGCGAUGACAGUAAUGGUCUUACAAAGAGUCAGUCCACUGCCUUGCAUUCAGCCGAAUCAGUUCAUACUGAUCAGCCCCCUGAGGUGACGCCCUCCACUGAAAGUCUGGAACUCAUAUGUACAGUGAAUCACACAGAUAAUUCAGAGCUGUUCCUACCCACCUCUCCUCCUACGCAGUCACGCAAGCAGGAUAUCAUCAAGAUCACAGAACAGCUCAUCGAAGCAAUCAACAAUGGAGAUUUUGAAGCUUACACGAAAAUCUGUGACCCAGGUCUGACCUCAUUUGAGCCUGAAGCCCUUGGGAACCUUGUGGAGGGGAUGGAUUUUCACAAGUUUUAUUUUGAGAAUUUGUUGUCCAAGAACAGUAAGCCAAUCCACACUACGAUCCUGAACCCUCACGUCCAUCUGAUCGGGGAGGAUGCUGCCUGUAUUGCCUACAUCCGGCUAACGCAGUACAUUGACAGUCAGGGCAGGCCAAGGACCACGCAAUCUGAGGAAACCCGCGUCUGGCAUCGUCGUGAGGGCAAGUGGCAGAACAUACACUUCCACUGCUCAGGAGCUCCUGCUGCUCCACUUCAGUGAAUACGUUCUGCAGCUUGGAGGUGCUGGAGUAGACUUCUCGUCUAGGUAAUGGACUGGAGCCGAUCACUGUCGUGGGUGAACUCUUGAAAAACAGCAGCGCCAUGCGCCAAUCUGCAUGUGUAUGAUGCUGUGGUGGCUGCCUAUUUGUUGUUUUCAUGGAUCCAUCGUGUUUGUUUCUGCUGUAUGGGAGGUGUACAGAUAAAAUGGCUGCUGUAAUGUGUACCUACUUACCUGUUCGAUGGCAGUGGUUCAAACGAAGUAGAUUCGGAACCUGUUACUUGCCAAAGUACAGACAUCCAUAAUUUGAAAAUAAAGUAACUUAAAAGUCACAAAACUAACAGCUGGUGUAGUGCUCAGAGAUCUCUCUUUUUUUAUACUUAAAAAAAAGAAAGAAAAUAUACCAUUCUUGUCGAGAUUUAAUCAAGGUUAACUCUGAUCAGUAACUGUCACUAUGAGAGUAACAUUGUUAUAGUAGGUUCAAGUCAAAAUGUCAGAAGGGUACCCAUGCAUAUUGUAAGUCCUUCUGUCACUGAGGGUUAAAGAUGAUGAUUGUUAAGUCAAGGACCCUCCUGCAGUGUGUUAAGCAACAUUUGUUGAAGGCCAAGACAUCGCUGUUCUGUGAAACUGAAACUUAAAAAAAUUAAUAAUAAUAUUUCUAGGCAAUUGUAUUUUUUUCUCUCUCCUAACAGCCUGUUGCAAAGUGAAGCUGUGAUCUCAUUUCUAAAAAUGGAACACACGGAAAACAAAGAAGUAUUUUUUUCUCAUCUGUUAACUUUUCUUCCAGUGUUCUCUGCAGCAGAAUUAAUAUGAAUGUAUAAUAUUGAAGUUCUUGUCGUGGCCUAAGUGCAGUAAAUUUAUCUUUGGUUUAAAAGAUGGUAAGUCAUUUGCAUACAGAAUUUUGCAGUAUAUUGUAAUCUAGUUACUGAUCACGACCAUUAGAGCUGCCUGCAGGUUAUACUCUGCCUUAUGUCACCGAGGUAUAGUGUCGAUGUAUAGCGAGAUAACAGUAUCCUAUUCGGAGUAUAAGAUCAAUCAUGAGGCCCAGGGUGUUUACACUAAUAGGCACCACUGUGCCAACUGGGAGGGGGCUGGCCACCUUGGGAGAAAAUGGUCACACAUUAAAAAUAUAUAUGCAGUUUUACAGAGGUUAUGCAUGUAUUGUUUAUGGUCAAUAUUUUCACUGUAUGUGUUUACUUGACAGAAAAUAAUGAUGUACCUAGUUCUGCAUCUUUAACAAUCUUGCACAGUCUGGACAGUAUGUACUACAUAAUUUAAGCCUGAGCUUGAUAUGAUAAAAUUCCUGUUUAAAAGAGGCAACGUAAAUUAAUUGCAUUGUUACUGUAUCUUAUGGGGCUAAUAUCUUAUAGUUUUAAAUAAGGCAAUUGAUGCAGGAUUUUGCAUGAUAUUAAAAAAAAUCCAGUGUUUGUUUGUUAUGAAUGUUGGUAGAUCUUCAUAGCUUUGUUACUAUAGGACUUGAUCUUUAAAGAAAAGUAUUUAAUAAAAAAAGAGAACCAAUGCAUCUUGUUUUAACCGCUGCAGUCGAUGGAUGUUUACCUUAAACCUGCUUAAAUUUGUCUGGCAAAAAAAAAUUGUCAAUUAGUAAGGAGCAUUCUUAAAACUUUUAAGAGUACGCGGUAUUCAGUGUUUUCAGUUACUUCACUAAAAAAGAGAGUCCAAAAUAUGUGAAACUGAAUGUAGUUGUCCUUACUCAAACGUCUCACCAGAACCAGUCACAGUCUCUGCAGCUUCCAAUUGCAAACCAUAUGUUUUGCAUUACUUCAAGAUUGGCCAAUGUCAACGUGAUUCAAUAGGACAGGUUAGCAGGGUUUUAGCCUCCUGGUAGAACAGAUCAAGUCAGAUACUAUUUGGGGUUGUCCUUGUUGGGACUAUUAUGUUACAUUUUGGAAGCCAUUCUGCCAUUUUGCUUCAUCUCGUAGUUCAUCUACACUUUGAAUGAUUGCGAAAUAAAACUAGUCUUGCAUUCAGAAGUCACGUCAUUUGCACCUCUCUCAGGGUGGGCUGAGUCAGAGGAAAAGCCACAGGCACAAUCGGAAACACUCAUCUGUUCCAGUUGCACUGAACAGUGAUUUAAGCACAAAGACCAAAUCCCCAGCAUUUGCCCAUUUUUAGCUCGCAACGAUAGCCCAGUGCUCCUGAGAGCAUACCUGAAUCAGUCUCGCCAAGUUUCACUCAUUUUGAGACUCAAUACUUUUAGUUACCUAAAUGUAACCUGUUUCUGUGUGUCUCGCACUUUUAAAAUAAUAAACACAGUUCUGUGGA